AUGAAGCACGUGGGCAUGAAUCUAUCCACAUCCGUGAUAUUUCAUGUUCUUCUAUGCGCUUUUGCUGUGGCUCAGUUUCCUCCUACGCCUGAAAAUGUGACCACGAUCAAGUCCAGAUUCGAUGAAGGUAUCACGAUAUCUUAUAAGGAGGUAUGCGCAAUGACUUUAUUUCCCUGGCAUUCUCGUCGUGUGCCUUCUAAUCGUCUUUCUGUUCAGCCGAGAAUAUGUGAGACUACACCGGGGGUCAGGAGCUACGCCGGAUAUGUCACUCUUCCACCAGGCACGGUGAAUGAAAUCAACCAGAAUUUCUCUAUCUCGACGUUCUUCUGGUUUUUCGAAUCAAGAAAAGACCCUUCCAAUGCGCCGUUAACGAUAUGGAUGAAUGGUGGGCCUGGUUCAUCCUCGAUGAUCGGGCUGCUACAGGAGAACGGGCCCUGUUUCAUUAAUGCUGAUUCUAACUCCACGAUGCUCAACCCGUGGAGUUGGAAUACAGAGGUCAACAUGCUUUAUGUCGACCAGCCGGUGCAGACGGGCUUCAGCUAUGAUACACUUAACAAUGGCACCUACGAUGCCACUACGCAACAGAUUACCCUGUCAGAUUUCACGGACGGUAUCCCGGAGCAGAACAACACAUUUUACACCGGAACUUUUCCCUCCAUCGAUAAGUACUCAACCACAAACAGCACACAGAAUAGUGCCAGAGCAAUCUGGUAUUUUGCUCAGGAAUGGUUUCAGGAGUUUCCGGCUUACAGACCGAAUGAUUCGCGGAUAAGUAUUUGGACAGAAUCAUAUGGAGGUCGAUACGGGCCUUCAUUCACCGCGUAUUUCCAACAACAGAAUGAGAAGAUUGCUAACAAGACGAUCACGACCGAGGGAGAAAUGUAUUAUAUACGUCUCGACACACUCGGCAUCAUCAACGGUUGCAUUGACCUGCUAACGCAAGCACCUUCGUAUCCGGAAAUGGCUUACAACAACACCUAUGGGAUCCAAGUCAUCAACGAGACAGUUUACAGGCAGGCUCUCGACGCUUGGAGCAGACCGCAGGGAUGUCGGGACCUAAUCCUGACGUGUCGGGCGCUGGCCAGAGAUGGCGACCCAAUGAUGUACGGCAACAACGAGACGGUAAACUUGGCUUGUAGGGAAGCCGACGAGUUCUGUUCGAAUCAGGUGGAAGGUCCAUUCUUUUACGGAGACAGGGGUUACUACGAUAUCACGCAUGUCGACCCCGAUCCUUUCCCACCUCCGUACUACGAGGGCUUCCUACAGCAACCUCAGGUACAGAGCGCGCUUGGCACACCGCUGAACUGGUCUCAAUCAAUUGACAGCGUCUACUAUGCAUUUAGCAGCACGGGGGACUACCCGAGAUCAGAUGUGCUUGGGUAUCUUGAAGAUAUCGCAUAUAUUCUGGAAUCAGGAAUCAAAGUAGCAUUGGUAUACGGUGAUAGUGACUACGCUUGUAAUCUAAUAGGAGGAGAAGAAGUCAGUCUGGCGAUCAACUACACUGAUUCGGAACAUUUUAGAGCGGCUGGCUACACACCCAUCCAGACAAACUCCUCAUACGUCGGCGGUCAAGUCAGGCAGUAUGAUGCUGGCCACGAGGCUCCCUCCUAUCAGCCCGAGACCUCAUAUGAGAUCUUCAUGCGAGCCUUGACAAAUAGAGACAUUGCUACCGGGACCAUAUCAACCGCUGACAACGAAACAUAUUCAACCACUGGAACUUCAUCUACUUGGCAAAUCAAGAACGAGGCUCCUGAGCCACCAGCUCCUACAUGCUAUGUGAGGGCGUUGCUGGCAAGCUGCACAGAAGAUCAGAUAGCGGCUGUUGUGAAUGGAACAGCCCUUGUACAAAACUGGAUAGUCAUUGACGACAACACAGCGGCACUCUCGGCCAAUACAGCAAGCAAUGGGUCCUCUUCUGGAGACCUCCCAGGCAGCCCUGGCGGAAGCAGCACGGGGAUAAGCAGCGGUGGUGCCGCCCAACCAACCUCGGCGACGUCGACUGGGGAUGGCUUCGAGUUGGAGGACCUGAAGCAGCAGAAGUUUACUAUUGAAGCAGAGCCGUCAGAAACCAUCGCACAAGUGAAAGAAAAGAUUUCCGCGGAAAAGGGAUGGGACGUGGCACAGCAGAGGCUCAUCUACUCGGGGAAGGUUUUGCUCGAUACGAAUACGGUGGAAUCAUACAAUAUCGAAGAGAAGGGGUUCUUAGUGUGCAUGGUCUCGAAGCCGAAACCAGCUCCAGCAGCAUCCAAGACCGCUACACCUUCUACACCUUCUGCAUCAACCUCGACGCCAGCUCCACCUGCUGCUCCACAACCUAAUCCUGCGUCAACUGCUACCUCGAACCCGCCAGCGACUCCAUCUCCAGCUGGAGCCGGAGCAGCUGCCGCCACUGCUCCUCCAUCAGCUUCCCCAGCAUCUGCGUCUUUCACUGAUCCCUCCGCUCUUCUUGUCGGUCAGCAAGGCACAGAGGUAAUUGCCCAAAUGGAAGCAAUGGGUUUCGCUCGAGCAGACAUUGAUAGAGCCAUGCGCGCCGCGUACUUUAACCCAGACCGAGCUGUCGACUAUCUUCUGAACGGUAUCCCAGACAACGUCCAAGCCGAGCAAAGGCAAGCUGCUGCAGCACGCGCAAACCCAGAAGGCGGCGCUGGAGGAGAAGGCCAAGGAGCCGGUACCAGCGCUCAGACUACAAGUUCACCCGUAGCUACAGGCGGCACCGCUGGAACAACUACCACUGAUGAGCCUGUCAACCUCUUCGAAGCCGCUGCUCAAGCUGGUGGACGAGGCGGAGCCACUGGAGGCGCUGGCGCUGGCGCAGGUGCGGGUGCACGAGCAGCAGCAGGAGCCGGCCUCGCUGGCGCGCCCGCAAACCUCGAUUUCCUUCGCAACAGCCCACAAUUCCAACAAUUGAGACAGCUCGUUCAGCAACAGCCCGCUAUGCUGGAACCUGUGCUACAGCAAGUUGCAGAUGGUAAUCCGCAGCUUGCACAAAUGAUCGGCCAAAACCAAGCGCAAUUCCUACAACUACUAAGCGAGGACAUCGGCGGCGAAGGCAUAACCGGCAUGGGCGACACUGGUCCUAACACCGUUCCAAUUUCCGUUACCGAGGAAGAACGCGACGCCAUCGACCGGUUAUGCCGGUUGGGCUUUCCUCAGGACCAAGUGGUGCAGGCAUAUUUCGCGUGUGACAAGAAUGAGGAGCUAGCGGCGAAUUAUCUCUUCGAGCAGCCGGAAGAAGACGAUGCUUGA